AUGGAGCACGAACCCGAGGCCUGGGAGGAGAAAGCAGCAGUCAAAAGAGCAGUGACUCUGGCAAAGAUCCCAGCAGAAUGGCGUCUGACUAAAGAGCAGAUCAAGGAUGCAAAGUCUCAGAGACAAAUUGCUGGUGGUUAUUUCCAGGGCUUCCUUACCGACGAGGAGAAGAAGAUUACCAGUGAGGAGAGCACUGGUAUCGUGGACAAGAUACAGAGCAAGGAGUAUUCUGCUCUACAAGUUGCCAAAGCAUACUGCAAAGCUGCUGCUAUUGCUCAUCAGAUGACCUCCUGUUUACAUGAAGUAUUCUUUGAUCAAGCACUCGAAAGAGCAAAGUAUCUGGAUGACUAUCUGGAAGAGAAUGGGAAGCCUAUGGGCCCUCUACAUGGCUUGCCCAUAAGCCUCAAGGAUCAAUUCCAUGUGAAAGGAAAUGAUACCACCAUGGGCUAUGUUGGCUGGAUUGACACAUUUGAGGGAGACAAAAGUUCGGACAAAGUGCAUAAGUUUGAGAGUCCGCUAAUUACUGAUCUUCUCUCCAUUGGAGCCAUUCUAUACUGCAAGACGGCUGUCCCGCAAUCCCUGCUGAUCGGGGAAACCGAAAACCACAUUUAUGGCCGUGUUCUAAACCCAUGGAACAAUAACCUAUCAUGUGGCGGCUCUUCGGGAGGAGAAGGAGUGAUGCUUGCCCUUGGAGCAAGCUCUGCGGGUCUUGGGACAGACGUUGGAGGGUCCGUUCGAGUUCCCGCAGGAUUCUGCGGUGUCUAUGGUCUGAAGCCGACUCAUGACCGUCUGCCAUACCGAGAGGUUGCAAAUACCAACCCUGGACAAAAUACAUAUUCAUCCUCCAUCGGUGUUCUAUCAACUUCCCCCGAUGCCAUUCAGUUGAUGAUGAAGUCCAUGCUGUCUACCCAACCCUGGCUCAGGGAUCCAGUGGUCUUCAGCAUCCCCUGGAGAGAUGAAAUUGCGGCAGAAACGCUUGCAAGAGCUGCUCCUAACGGAUCAGCAAAGAGUGAUCAGAAACCACUCAAGUUCGGCAUCCUUUAUACGGAUAACAUAAUUACUCCCCAUCCACCCGUUACGAGAGGUCUCCAUGUCAUCGAAGAUGCAAUUAAAAAAGCCGGCCAUAAGGUUGUUCCCUGGAAUCCGCCUGCACAUAGCAUUGGUAUCAAAAUUCACCUGGCAUUUAUCUCGGCUGAUGGUGGCCAUGAUGUCAAUAAGCAGCUUGAUUUAUCUGGGGAGCCCCCUAUUCCUCAGAUCAGGGACAUCAUAAAGCUCCGAGACCCAGUGCCUCUGUUGGACUACCAGGACCUGAUCCUCCAAGGAAUCAAAUACUCAGAAGCUUAUUCUGAUUAUUGGAACUCCACUGCUGAAGACGACGGACAAAUUGUCGAUGCCUUUAUUACCCCAUUGGCCCCGUGGGCGGCGGUAAUCCCGACUAAAUACUACCAUACAGCCUAUACGGAGGUUUUGAACCUCUUGGACUAUAGUGUCUCUGUAGUGCCCGUCACAACAGCCGAUAAGAAUAUUGACAAGAUAGAUCCUGACUUCGAGCCUGUUAGUAAAGAUGACAAGGCAGACUGGGAGCUAUACGACCCCGAACUCUUCGACAAGACCCCUGUUGGUAUGCAGUUAGUUGGCCGAAAGCACGAAGAGGAGAAAAUUUGGGCUAUUGGAAAGAUUGUUGACACUAUUUUGAAGAAUGCGAAGAAAGACUAA